GCGAUAUUACCGGACGUCAACCCAAGUUUGUAGAGCUGAAUACUAAUGAUUGCACUUAAGGAUAGUGGGUUUUCUUUAACGUUAUGACCGAAGUCAUUUCUAACGACGGGAAAAUAGUAGAGGAUGGGGGCCUGGACUACAGUACGACGGAUAAAAGAACGGCAACCAUGCCGUCGCAGUCAUCACUCUUCACCAUAUUUGAAGAUGUACAGUUGACUGACGAGGAACGAGUGUUUCUGAAUGCCGCCUAUCUAGGUGAUGUAGGCGUGGUGCGGAUGUGCCUGGAAGAUCGAGUGGAAUCGAACCUGAAUAUUGGCUGUGUUGAUUAUAUGGGUCGCAAUGCUUUACAUCUGGCUAUCGACAGUGAAAAGAUGGAUGUAAUAGAAAUUCUCUUGGAUAACUUGAGUUUUAACUGUAUUGACGAGGCCUUACUUCAUGCCAUCAGUAAAGGUGCCGUGAAAAUAGUGAAAACCAUUAUCGAGCACCCGAAUUUUAUGGCCGGGGAAGUGAAGUUAAAGAGAAUGGGAGGUGGUGAUGCCUUUUUCAGGACGGAGGAAAAGAGUCAGUUUCCGCCGGAUAUUACUCCGCUUAUUCUUGCAGCACAUUACAAUAAUCAUGAAAUAAUCCAAAUGUUCAUAUCGAGGAAUCAUACCAUUCCUAAACCUCAUCCUAUAUCGUGUACAUGUGCUGAUUGUGUUACUAAGCAAAAUUACGAUUCGUUAAAGCGAUCCAGAUCUCGAUUAAAUGCUUAUCGGGCACUUGCUAGCCCGGCUUAUAUGGCUCUAUCUAGUCCAGAUCCUAUUAUGAACACCUUUGAAUUGAGACAAGAGAUGAUGAAGCUACAAGAAGUGGAAAAAGAAUUUAAGAGUGAUUAUUUGAGUUUAGUUGAACAAUGUAUGAAUUUUGCGUGUGAGUUAAUGGAUUUAUGUCGUGGUACAACUGAAGUAGAAGCUGUAUUAAGUGAAGGUAGUGGUGAAGCCUCUACAAGAGAUCCGUUAUUUAGAUUAAAGAUGGCUGUUAGUUAUGAAGAGAGAAAGUUUGUAGCACAUCCUAAUUGCCAACAACAUAUGACUAGUAUCUGGUAUGGAUCUGAAAUGGGCUUUCUACAAUCUCUCAGUUGGUACCGUAAUCUCAUCUACCUGAUUUUAUUCCUGCCCACCAUUCCCUUCUUAUGUAUUAUUUAUAUAUUUGCGCCAAAUAGUAAGUUCGGAGCCAUUAUGCGAUGCCCUGUUACCAAAUUCAUAACACAUACCACGUCACAUAUAUGUUUCCUUACAUUGUUGUCUGCUGCUACGUUUCGUAUCACAGAAUCCGGGGUUUCUAUAACGACGACGGACGAGCUGGAUGACGCUCGUUACAGCCAUCUUAGUAAAGAUGAAACUAUAAAUAGUUUGUUAAAGGAAACAUUAAGGCCGGCUAGUACACUUAUAACACAUGUACAGAUUUGUAUAGUAUUUUGGAUAUUAGGUCUUCUGUGGAUUGAGUGUAAACAAGUGUAUAACUCAGGGGCUCGAUCUUAUGUAACAGAUUAUUAUAAUUCGAUGGAUUUUAGUGUCUUAUCAAUGUAUCUAGCAUCUUAUGUCCUCAGGUUCUUUACAGAAUAUAAAGUGUCGGAAGCUGACAGUUAUUUUAAUGGCACUUUAAGAGCCAGAGAGCUACUUAUGCAAGGAAACUACACCUACUUCAAUAUAUUAAAAGCUGAAAUUAAAGAUCCUAGAAAUUCUCCUUAUAAUUAUUUUAUGGAGGCAUCUCGCUUUGCCUGGGAAUCGAAUGAUCCUGAAAUAGUGUCUGAUGUCUUGUUUGCUAUAGCUAAUGUUAUCAGCUUUGCUCGAACUACCUACCUCAUGCCCGCCUUCGAGGUGUUGGGCCCGCUUCAAAUCUCGUUGGGGCGUAUGAUUGGAGACAUCACUCGAUUUAUGGUGCUUUUUACAUUGGUUCUAUUUGCUUUCAUGGUUGGUCUGCACAACCUCUACUGGUAUUAUGGCGCUCAGAAAAUAAAGAUGGAAAUGAAUGGGUAUCAUGUAACAGUACACGCAGCUAAAGCAUUCCAAGGGUUACGUCAGACGUUUUUCAGUUUAUUUUGGUCAAUGUUCGGCCAAGUUAGUAUAAAUGAUAUAAGUGUUAAACAUCCUCGACCUGAUGGUGUUCGUCAAUGUGUGUCUAUAGAUCAGGACCACAGUAAAAUCUUGUGUACUGACGAGAACCAUGCGGGCAGUGAUUUUUCAGUACCAGUAUAUACAUCUGGAAGUCGUCAUCUAAUAGAAGAGAGUAGUACAGCCAUUGUAGAAGGUGUUGGGGUGUCGUUAUUUGGUCUCUAUCAUGUUGUGAUUAUUAUCGUACUUAUCAACAUGUUGAUUGCUAUGAUGAGUCACUCGUUUGAGGAUAUACAGACUGAUUGUGAUGUAGAAUGGAAGUUUGCUCGUAAUAAACUAUGGUUGAAUUAUAUGGAUGAUGGUAGUACACUACCAGUUCCAUUUAACAUGAUACCAACACCUAAAUCUUUUCUCUAUGCUGUCGACUUCUGUAAUUUCUUAUUUAAAAGGAAAGACACUAGUAUAUUAGAAUACGGGAGAAAAAAGAAACAAACAUUUCUUAAGAAACGGCGGGAAACUGUAUUAAAGAACUUGAAGAUAACAGAAGAAGAGACGUCAUAUAUUGAUAUCAUGCAUCGAUUGGUUAAAAGAUAUCUCUUCAAGUUAGAAAGAGCUAAAGAUGAAAAAGAGAAACUUCAAAAUAUGACUGGUGGUGGUGGUAACUGUGGGCCCAUGGAUCAUGUGGAAAUAUUUGAUCCCUCCCAAGAAGAAACACCUCCCCCGGUUCCUGAUAUUCCUUCUAGAUUCCAGUUUGCCACGCCCUUACCAGGUGAAGAAGACCCGGAUGAACGGAAUAAACAAAUUAAAUUGUCUUCUCCCAAUCACCAACAGCAAGCAUCUAAACGAAGACAGCAAUCUAAAUCACAGCAAAGACGGCCAUCGGCGGCUAAUCUACCUAUAGCAACGACAUUGGCAAUACCCCAACUGGAUGCAAUAAUGCGUCAACAAAAGUUACUGGACUUACGGUUACAACAGUUACAGUCGGACAGUAAAGACAAUAAUAGAAUGAUGGACGACGUUGAAUUUAUUCGCCGUUUAAUGUCAGAGAACCAAAAGGCUCUGUGUAAUGUGGUACAAGCGUUAUCAAACAUACAAGGCGAAAUAGUGAACCUUGCCCAGUGUUUGCGCCCGACACCAUCAAAACCUGCCCAACCAAUAGAACCCACUCCUAAUGCAGUGACAAACGCACACCCGAAAACGAACACUACAUCCAUGAAUCGUUCAGCUUCAGUGAGAAAAAGAUCGGCUCCUGAUGAAGGGGAGAGCAAGGUAUAACGUAGUGAAGACGCCUUUUAAUAUAAUAAAAUUGUGAUCGAAGGGUUUAAAACAAUUUCUUUAAUAUACAUUAUGACGGGUAGUGCUGGCGCUACAGCCGAAACACUGGAUGAUCUUAGAAUAUUUCUAUAUUGAUAUGAUUCACGUUUCUGGAGAUUUUUUAUAAGGCUGUUAGUGAUAAAACUCAAAACUUCUUUUAUCUUUAUCAUAGAGAAAUUAUUAUUAUUAUUAUUAUUAUUAUUAUUAUCGAAGUGUUGUUGAUUUUGCUGUUGUGUGGAUGUCUGUCUGUUUUUGUGAUGUUGCGCUGCAGAUGAUCCAUAUUAUAAUUUGUGCGUGAACCAUACCCUGGCCAAUAGAACUAACGAGACUUUAAAUAUGCAUUAUGUAAGAGCUAAAUCUGGCUAGUGCAAGUCAUUUUUUUUCACGUAUCAAUUGUUAAACAAAUGAUUGGAUUAGUUAGAACACAUCCGGCAUUUAAUAAUUUAACGAUAAAAUAGAUAAUCAAGACUUUGAUAACAUUGAAUUUUUUCAAUCGAGACUAUCUUGUGAAAACUCCAAACACUCAACAUUUUGCUCAGAAUAAAGUAUAGCAAGAACGGUCAUCUCUAAAUCCAAAUCUUGUAUAGUGCAUCUUUAAUAUCACUGAAUAGAUCUAAGAGUAAAAUUGUCGAUCGGUAAUUCUACUGCUUGUCAAAUAUUCACGCCGAUUCCUUUUUCAUAAUUGAGUUUAAAUUACCCAUUACCUUUAAGAACGAAAGAUGAUAUUAGAUUUCCUUAAGGAAUAUGAAGUGUGAAAAAAUAUUUCUGGUGUCUUUAGUGUCACGCGAUUUGAUAUUUAUUUCUUCGCUCCCAAAACGGAACUUUUAUUAUUGUCCAACAAAAUAACUCUACGACGCGUUUUACAAAUAUUUUUUUUGUUUAUUAUAGGUGUCGACAUUACGAGUCCAUUUUGUCGAAUGACGCUCUUUACUUUUGUUCCACUGUAUACAUGGCGUAGUCAGCAGAUUGGUUCCUGCAAAAGGUACCAAGGGAGACAACUACAAUAUUUUAACAUUCUCAUAUUUUGUCAAAAUUCGAUAAAAUGGAUGUGCAAUUUCUAUAGCAAUAAUUUAAAGUUUUCGGUAUAUAUUUUAUAUUGUGAACUUCACCUCAUAGUUGUUGCACCGAAUGCCUUGUUGGUUUUGAUGUGUUUAGUAUUUAUAUAUUUAAUUGUAAAAAGCUAUUUUUCAUGUAAUGAUCUCUAUCAGAGUUAUGUCCCCUUUCUUCGUCUUGCGACCUAUUGCAAACACCACGUUUAUUAUUAUUAUUAUUAAUUUAUAAUGUAAUUAAUAUUUCUAGGUAAUUUAAGCCUUUAACAUGUUUUCAACUAGGCAGCCAGCAAUGUGUAUCAUACUUAACUUCUAAUAUGUAUUAUGCAGGCUUAUUCAUGUGGUUAUUUAUAUUGUGGACAUAACAAAAAGUGUCUGUGUGGGUAAACGGAAUGGCGAUCAGCAUCCAGUCAAUACAGUACUUUGAGCACUUUUAGACUAUUAUACCGUUUACCUUGUUUGUCACGUGUACUAUGCCACGGAAGUGACUUAUUCCCGGACGAUCACGCCUACAUUUCAUCAAAUACCCACUGUCAUGGCAGGCGCGUGUCCAGCGGAGGGGGCGGGGGCAGGGAGACCGGACCGCCCCCACCCCACCCCCUCUGGCGAAGGGAAUAUUUUUCUCGCCUGCAUUCAUGGAAAUAACAUAGUUUUGGUUCACUCCACUGUAAUCCUGGACGUGUAUGCACUUAAAUUAAAUUAUCAUAAAUAUUAUCUCAAUUCUUCUGAAUUUAUCAAAUUCGCGGACCCGUAUUUCCCCCUCAACCUUGGACACCCCGCUGCUCAAAUUCCUGGAUACGCACCUGCAUGGGUUCUUUUACGUGCAUACAAAAAUGUACACGAGUGGGUGCAUUGUUUGUAUUAUUCGAACGAGGCAACUCUCGCAGGGGAAGAAACUUCAUUACCCCUUCUUCAUUUAGAAUCCAUUUUAUGUUAAUAAUUGUUUUCAGUUUUCUAUUAAUGUUUGUGAACAAAUUACAUGUAUAUGUUUUUUUCCUCGUGCACUAGUUUACCCCCCACCCCCCACCCAGUAAAAUAUGGAUGACCGAAGAAAUACUAGAAAUUUGUAGUCCUUGCAUCCUAACUACGCUUUCCACAUACGCGCUUUCUACAGCGGAGGAACACAGCGUUUCCGCGAGCGAUUUUUUGUACUUUCAUGUGUACAGAAAAACUGCUGAAAAAUCCCAGGAUAUCUCUUUACAGCACAGAGCCCGACAUUGUUUACAUUCAGGCUCCGCCUUGUUAUUAUAACGCCAUGUCAUGUCCAAAAUAUAUGCCAUUUGCGAGAUGUAUUUGCAGAAACAAGAGCGGUCAGAAACAAGACUUACUAGAAGAGAACCCAUUUAUGUGUGUACGCCAUAAUGUAAAGAUCCGCAUGCGCACACUUAACGCGAGAAAAAACGCCAGCAAAAAAGGCGCUCAUUGAGCAACCUUUUUUUUUCGCGCAACGGUCCUAUUACAUUUUGGGGGGUUAGAUGGCGGAAUGGUUAGCACGUGCGUGCUGUAUCAUAAAGCCUGUCAUUGCGUCAACUGGCGUGGUUUCGAAUCCCCGGUUAUACGGGGCAAAUAGUAGGGUUUCCUGUACAACCUCGUUGGUUUUCUCCGGGUCCUCCGGUUUCCUCCCACUGCUAAAAGACCCCUACGCGCAAGCGAAUUAUUGAAAUAAAAUUAAACCAUAUGUUAGUCCCGAAAUGACCUAGUUUGUGUCGAGUGGACGUUAAACCCCAUUUCUCUCUCUCUCUCUCCUAUUACAUUUGAAUUAGACUAACUUUUUCGCCGGAUGGAAACACGUACGUGGAAAGCGGGCCAUAAUACUAUAGAUAUACCCUUGGUAGGGAUGAUAUUUUAUACGUGGAUCGAGGUGAAGAUCCAAAUGGAAUUGUAGUUAGAUGUCUUUUAUGUCGCAAACUAAACAAAGAUAACCAAGAAUACGAAGAUCUGUGAUCGUAUAAAGCGGAAUCAUCUUUGAAUGAAAGUUAUGAAUAAAUAUAAAUCUUGCUGGAGUUCAUUAAUUUAAUUCAGGCAACAAUUUUGAUAUUAUUAUAAAACGUUUGAGUCUAUGGUAGUCAUUUGUGAAAUUUGUAAUCCAUUGCAAACCACAAAGAUCUCUAAAACGAAUAUCAGUCAAAAAAGGAUACAAAACGAACCAGCGCCACCUAUAAUCUUCGCUGAAAUCUUUUGAUGGGCCUCUUUAAAAUUAGACAUAAUCCAUCUCAGGAGAUUAUCAGCCGUUGAUAUUUUUAUUGUCUUUAAUUAAAUAGGCAAGUAGGGGCUAAAUCUGCCUAUUGCAGGUCCUUCUUAGGGUCUUAAAUGUUAUGUAAAUUAUUAAUUAGACAUUUAUUAACAUGACAAGACUAUAAUUAACUCUCGAAGCCAUCGGGUGGCUCCGAUUUUAAGUAGAUUAGAACUGUUCGGCCAUUUAAUGAUUUAAUUUAAAAAUGGAGAAGCGAGGCUAAGACUCGAAUGACCAGUACGGUCGUUACGAUCAAUGCACACAUCUUGUCUACACUACAACUAUUGAUAACUUCGCUCAAAAUAAAGUAAUUUGAAUGAAAUAUUCAAUAUAUUCACUUUGAAUUAUCUAUUUUUGAAAUAUUAUAGCGAGAACAGUCAGCUCUUUAUCUAAAUCUUACAUAAUGUCCCCUUAAUUAAACUUGUGUGGGUUACACCGUGAAAAAUGAGAUAUUGAGAUACUUUAGUGUACUUGUCGUCUGUAUGCCCACCAAUUGAUAAUAUUAAAUGUGGUCUUUUAAUUGUUCAAGUUUAGAUAUUCUGCAUUUUUAUUUUCCAUUUUAAAAUACAAUUGUGUGAUAUAUAUAAUAAAUGA